UAUGUAACGCUAGCAGACCCGAAUAAAUACAUUCGAAUAUUUCAUUUGCUGAUUCGAGAGAAAUCCCCCAAAACGUUUGCCAUAUCACUGCGUCUGUGUACAGCGUAUAGGAUGUCAGUCACUUACCGGUAAUCGUCAGGGGAAGACAUGAUGGACAUUCGAUAACCGUAGAUAACAUAGUAUUGCGUUUAAGAUGAGAAUCAAACACUACCGAAAUAGUAUAGUAAUGAUACAAGGGAAAUUAUUUAACCCAAAAAUGCCUAGCGUCUAGAAAAAAGGCCUUGGCAAACAGCGAAGACCCACAUGAGACGCCGCAUCAUUCUGUAAGAAAUAUUCUUAAUAUAGAAAUAAAUAUACUAGACAUCCCUAAUUUGGAAAUAAAUUGAUCCAAUUUAGAAGGAAGGGACAGUCCACUCGGCAUAAAUUGGUUAAUUAUCUAACCACAAAUGAUUGCCGCAAUCAGCCAGACCUGUCAGGAAAUUAAUUCUAAAAACCUGAAUAGGCAACCGAAAUCUGCCAGUUUGACUUCAAUUUGAUAUUUCAAAAGUAUUGUGCUUAUAAGUUCCAUUUAAAAGACGAAAUGAGAUUUUUGACCCGCGUUAUUCGAAAAUGUGUCUUAUGUCAUGUUUUGCCAAACCAGGUAUAUAUCUUACCACUAGUUACGAAUAGAGCUAUCAUGCGGGUGGUUCCGAAGAUAGUCGAUGUAUUACGAUUGUAAUUCGUAAGCAUGCCUCACGAUACCGCUGGCAACUAGUUUCCUAGACUGGUUGCAUGUUGGAAGAAUAAUAUGCCGAAUAUAUGCGGCGUGACCUUUACCUGGAAUUUCGCUGAUAUAAGUUACCUAUCGGUGUGCCGUGAGCAUCAGUGAGCUUGGAUACGUUUGCAUCUCCACAGAACUAACUGCAACGCGCAAAACGUCUGCUGAAGAUUUCUCAGGAGGACUUAUUAGAAAAAGUGCAGACCAUUUUUGUAUUUUCGCUUUAAUUCUGCCAGCUUAGUUAUUCGCUUGAUACCAUGACGAACGAAACCGAGCAACUUAACCAUAACGAGGCUGUCGCGCCUCCAAAACGAGGCUCCGCGUGUUCGUCACGCGAGGGAUCACUCCCGCCAAAAGUUCGAAACGGGAUGGUGGAAAAAGACGGUAUGAAAAAGUCAAAGGACUUUUGGCAGAAAAGAAUUGAUCACCACGAGGUCGACAGACUUAUAAACCCGUUCAGCGAAUUCUGGGGUGAGAAUCGCAAUCAGUACAAGAAUGUCCUUGAAAACGCUAAAGCGGUCUGGAAAGGUGCAGAUAAGCGGACGAAAUUGACAAAAGAAGACCACAAAUAUGGCAAUGUUGUUGAAGGAUCGCUAACGGAGUAUCGCGGAAAGAAGGCGAAGAAUAACAUCGCCAAUUAUAUCGUAGAGUGCUGCGAGACUAUACGAGAUAUAGGCGAGCCACAAGCGGACGGGACGUACCGUAUAACGUUCGGGAAACUCUUCCUAGCAUACGAACGGAUCAACGACUAUUUGGUAGGUCUGCUCGUACGAGCCAGACGACACGGUCUCGUAGAUUUUAUCGGGGAAAUGCUCUACCAACGCCAGGACGAUCACGUGAUUAUCACGUUACUGAAGGUGCCAACUAUAGACGACUUAAACUUAAAGUUUAUUGCCUUCAACAAGACUCAAGAAGAGGAGAGAGAAAGACAGAAGUGCAAGUGAUCUUGUAUGUACGUGCAUUCGUGAUAAUUUCGUUUUCUUGUCGCAGGACAUAUAUAUCUAUGGUACACGGAUUAUAAAAAAAUCGUGACAUUUUCUUAGUCGGAAAUUAAUCUUGUGAGUUACUUAGAGUCGGAUGAUCUCUUAGUGACUUCCCGUUUUGAUUUGUUUGAAAAGAUGUGAUAAUUCAAGGGCAAAGUUAUUAUUAUUCUUUUUAGUGUUACACGAUGCAUUCUUUCUACGUUUUGCUCCUUUUUCGGUACGAAUUGAACUACCAACGAGGCUUCUGAGCGAAAAGUACAAAAGACUGGUUGCUAUGUGCCUUCCCGUAUGGGUUGUUUCCCUUCUAACCGGCAACUUCCUACGUUUUCGUCAAACAUAGACCGGAGCAAGUUUAGACUAGCCCAAAAGGGAGUUGAGACUUAUUAUUUAUAAAUAUAAACCAGACACUGCGUGUCAAAAUAUUUAUUUGUCGGCUUUAGUGUAAACGUUUUUGUUCAGUGUGUUGCUUGGCUUUAAGAGAAAGCUUGGAUCAGACGAGCCCGUAUUUCUCAAUACGUAUUCAGUUAUAAUAUACUUGAACCACGCCUAUUGGAAAACCGGGAUUAAUGCAUGUGCGUUAAGUGUUGUCAGAUAAGUCUUUAAGUCCGCACAGGCUAAUUGGGGAAGACACUUUCCGCCAUAACUAGAUUUUCGCUCUGUAGAGAAUUCCUUUAUACGCAAAACAAUUUAAGGCCAUUAUGGUAGGACACUAUGCGGUAUUUAGAAAGUACUGUAUCGCUAGAUUCUGUAUUAACUGAGUUGCUUUUUUUAAAAUCAAAACGAUUCAUGAGCGUUUUUUUAAUUAAUAACCGUGUUGAAAAAGCUGUAUUCUAUUUUUUAUAUGAAUAUAUAAAUGUCGUAGUUCUUUCAUAUUUUGUUUGUUUUUCUAAAUGUUUUGUGUUAACGAAGCUUCGCUGGGUUUCGAUAUACUAGUACAUUCAAAGUUUAAGUUAUUAUGAUUCCAAUGUAAAUACGUUUUUGUUAUGUUUUGUUUGUUUAUAUGUGACAGUAAUUUGUUCUCAUAUAAAUGUUUUGUUUGUAAAAGUACGUUAAUCACCACCAUUAUCACCAACACCUUCACAAUAGUUAUCAUCAUUUAUGUUUGAAUUAUCAUUAUUCGUUGUAGAAGUAGUAGUAGUAGGUUAUUAUUAUAAAUAUUAUUUUUAUGUUUGUUAUUAUUAGUAGUAUUAUUAUUAGUAGUAGUAUUAUUAUUUAAGAGGUUUUGAUGGUGUAAGCAACAUUUACAAUCUUAAGGUGUUGUUUUUUAUACAUUGAUGUAAACUGAGAUGUUAAGGUAACACAUUCUUUGAAAGAAAUCGAAUAUUUUAAACAGUUGAUUUUGGUAGCAAUAUUCAGUUCUGAUGACUUAAUGCAAACAUUACUCGGUAUUGACUUUGUUAUUUUUAUCAAUAUAAAAUGCCAUUUUUUGCACUGAGCAUUCAAUAUACCGAUAAUACUAGGAUAAAUCAUCAUCAACUAGACAAAAACGUUAUGGUGAUAAAAGUAUGCAGGUGCUAUUGUGUUUUAUUAAAUGGUUUUUGUUCUAAAAUGUAUGAAGACUAUUUGGUGAAAACAAUGUAAAAUUUUAUGCAAAAUUCACGACAAACUGGAAAUGUAAGGUGCACAUCAUCAGAAUUCAAAUGAGAAUUUCGCAUAUGCAUUAGUCAUUGUGUCCCGAAUGGAAUUACGAAUAAAGUGUCAGAUUUUGUAUAACAGAAGAGUGAAUCAAUAAUGUGCAUAAACGCACAAGCGUCUUUUGUAGGCUGUAUAGUUUUCGUGUAGCUGUGACUAUGUACACAGAUUGAUAAAACAUCAGACGCGUUUACUCUGUUAAGAAAUAUGCUUAAACUUCGUAUUUUAUUGUCUUAAACGAUGAUGUAAACUGCUGUGCCUUAAUUGUGUUUUUGUUGAUGUGUUACAUUGACGAUACGUACAUUUAGUUGUCUGGAUAAAAUAUGAUUAUAUCGAAAUUGAAAAAAAAAUGUUUAAACAAUUAAAAUGUUUUUGACUCAAAUAUUAUUAAAAUAAAGCAUUUAAACAACA